CUGCGGCGUGGGGAGCCCGUGAAUGAAGCUGAGAGCUGCCACACGCAACAGAGAGGCCGGUUACAACGAGAGAGAGGGAAAGUGGUUAACCGCGGCACCGCCACGUUGGCGUUGGGGCUGAGCCUUGCUUUUAAAGAACUUGUUACUGCCAGUGUUUUUUUUUCCUUGUUUUGGGCAGGUGUUUGCACCCAUGCUGUGGACUGUGGAGGACUGCUUGUAACUGCUCCCUGCAAUGUUCAGACCGCUCCUGGGAGUUUAUUUUAUCUAUCUUUUAUUGACUUGCUUUUAAUGUUCUUAUUUUUUUUUUAUGAUUUUACUGUAUUAAAGAAGGGUAACAAAUCUUGUCGAAUCAGCCUCUGCCUCCUGUCGAGUAACUGGACCAAAUGUUUCCCCCCAGUUGAAUACUUUGUACGGGUUCUGUGCAGCAACUCAGACGACCCCAUCAGUGUAGAAACAGUAUAUAAGGCCAAAGUCACAGAGCAGCUCUGCUACAGGAGGCAAAAUGAGAAAGCUGUUGGUUUUGGCAUCUCUGUUUUUGGCCGUCUUUGGCAGGAAGACUUUUGAAAGACACCAGGUCCUGCGGAUCACUGCAGUCAAUGAUGUUCAGAUCUCUCUGCUGAAGAACCUGACUGAUCAUGAAUAUCUUGAGCUGGACUUCUGGAGGGAGCCCGUUCACGAGUCUCUGCCUGUUGAUGUUCAUGUUCCCUCAACCAGUCUUCACAAGGUCAAGAGCUUCUUGAAGAACAACAAGAUCCAUUAUGAAAUCAUGAUACAGGAUCUUCAGGACCUUGUGGAUAAGGAACAGCAGGAGAUGAUGCGCUUUCGUGCUCAUCAGCCUAAAUCCACUAAUGACUUUGACUACACCAACUACCACACCCUGGAUGAGAUUUAUACCUUCAUUGACAUGCUGGUGAAGGAGAACCCUAAAUUAGUUAGCAAAAUUGUGAUUGGUCAAAGCUACGAGGGCCGUCCCUUGAAUGUUCUUAAGUUUAGCACUGGUCCUAACCGCCCUGGUAUCUGGAUUGACACUGGCAUCCACUCCAGAGAAUGGAUCACCCAGGCCUGUGGAACCCGGUUUGCCAAGAUGAUUGCGGCUUCCUAUAACCGUGAUGCUGCUCUUACUGACAUCCUUAAUACAUUUGACAUUUUCCUGGAGAUCAUCGUCAACCCUGAUGGAUUCCAGUUCACCCACACCACUGACCGCAUGUGGCGCAAGACAAGGAAGCCCAAUCCUGGAUCGCCUUGUGUUGGAGUUGACCCCAACAGGAACUGGAAUGCCAGCUUUGGAGGCCCUGGUUCCAGUAAAGACCCAUGUGAUCCAAUCUACUGUGGACCUUCUGCCCAUUCAGAAUCUGAGGUAAAGGCCAUUGUGGACUUUGUCCAGUCUCAUGGCAAACUGAAAGCCUUUGUGUCCAUCCACAGCUACUCUCAGUUUUUGCUGUACCCUUACGGCUACACCAAGACUGCUUGCAAGGACAAGACAGAGCUGGAUAAACUUGCAAGGAAGGCAGUUGCUGCUUUGAAGAGUCUGUAUGGCACUAAGUACAAAUAUGGCAGCAUCAUCAACGUCAUUUACCAAGCUAGUGGUGGCUCCAUUGACUGGAGCUAUGACCAGGGCAUCAAGUACUCCUACACCUUUGAGCUGAGACCUUCAUGGUCCAGUCCCGAUUGCGGUUGCGGUUUCCUCCUGCCUGCUGAUCAGAUCAUCCCCACCGCUGAAGAGACGUGGCGGGCCCUCAUGGUCAUCAUGGAGCACACCAAGAACAACCCCUACUGAACCAACAGUUGGGUUAAAUGAUGCUUCAGGAGCCAAUCAUCUGAUUAAUCUUCAAAUGAAUGAAUAAACAAAUAAAAAAUAAGCAAAGUAAGCAAUAUUGAGACAACAAGUUUCUCUGUCGUUUCUCAAGAGGACAUUAACUGAGGACAUUAAUUCAGUCUUGUUGUCAGUGGUAUUACAGCU